AUGAAGGACUGCGUUCCAGGGCCGCAACGGCACGACAAGCCUCGGCAGCGACCACCAGCAGCGGGAGCGGUGCCCAGUUCCAUGUCCCGCCCCUCCCGCCCCUGCAAUGCGCCGCGACACCGGCGAUACGUUGCUCAUUUCCUGCGCCCAGACGCCAAAGACGCCCAAAACUCGCGACAAGGCCGGCCGCAACCGCCGACCGGGCCCUGGAGACUGCGCAGUCGGACUGGUCCACCUCUCACCAACCAACACGCGCCGUUCCCGGCGCCUCCCGGCGCCAUCUCGCACGUCCACGCCCUGGCUUGGUCUCCCUGUCGCGGACAUACCGUUCCGUCCGCAACGAGCUGCUCUGAGCCUCGCCCCACGCGCCAGUCUGACCGCCCCCGUUCCCGCACGCCAUCCCCGCGCAGCCUCGAUGACGACGACGAGGAGCUCCUGUCGGAGAUCGCGCGCGUCCGCGAGAAGAACCGCCAGCUCAAGGCCGCCCUCGAGGAGCUCAACAUGAUGAGCCCGCAGCUGCUACGCGAGAUGCGCUCGGAGCGCCUCGCCGAGGACGGCGUCAUCGCUCCGUCGCAGGCAGACCUGCAAUUAGCAGGCAUUGAUCCGCAGACAGGGUUCGCCCUGUAUGACGAGUCCCGCGUGACGCCCGAGGCGGUCUCGGCGGUUCCGGACAGCGGCACGAUGGCGCCUCCGAUCAGCGACCUCGAGGCGAGGGCGGCCGAGGCCGCGGCGCUGAUUGAGGGCUCCGUCUUUGACGCGACGGCGGCCGUGGCCGCCGCGGCGCAGGACGCGACGUCGUCCGCGGUGCGCGCGAAGACCGCGCUGUCGCUCGUGUUCGUGUCCGCGGAGGUCGCGCCGUGGAGCAAGACGGGCGGCCUCGGGGACGUCGUCGGCGCCCUGCCGCGGGCGCUGGCGAAGAAGGGCCACCGCACGAUGGUCGUGUCGCCGCUGUACCAGAACGGGUCGAGUUCGGACAAGCUGUUCGAGGCCGCGAAGGACCUGGGCGUGGAGAAGUCGCUCGACCUCGGCACGGGCGGCGCGCAGGUGGUAUCAUAUAAGCUCAUCCGCAAGGAGGACACCGAUUUCGUAUUUGUCGACCACCCGGUCUUCCGGCGCGAAGGCUCGCUCUACGGCACGCCGCAGGGCGCCUACCCGGACAACCACCUCCGCUUCGCGAUCCUCUCCAUGGCCGCCCUCGAGGCCCCCCUCGUCCUCGACCUCCCCGAGUCAGGCCCCGGGGGGGACUCCCGCACGUCCCGCUACGGCCAGAACUGCGUCUUCGUCGCCAACGACUGGCACGCGGGCCUCAUCCCCGUGUACAUCCACAGCCGCUUCCGCCCCUACGGCGUCUACGAGAACGCGCGCACCGUGUUCGCCAUACACAAUCUCGCGUACCAAGGCGUGGCGCCACCCGCGUCCUUCGGGCAGCUCGGCGUGCCGUCGGACUGGUACCGCACGCUGGAGUGGAUCUACCCGGGCGGGAAGGCCGCGAUCAACGUCAUGAAGGCGGCGCUGGUGACGUGCGACCGCGUGGUGACGGUGUCGCAGGGGUACGCGGCGGAGAUCGUGGAGCCGACGCUCGGGUGCGGGAUGGACGGCAUCAUGCGGAACCGGUCGCGGGACCUGAACGGGAUCCUGAACGGCGUGGACACCGCGGACUGGAACCCGGAGACGGACAAGUUCAUCACCACGCAGUACUUCCUCCCAGAGGAGCGGCGGCGCGCGCUGCUCGCCGCGACCGCCUCCGCGGACCCCCUGGACGAGCCCGACACCAUAAAGGCAAUGCGCGGCGCGUGGAAGCCCGGCAAAGCGGCGUGCAAGGACGCUCUCCAGCGCGAGCUCGGGCUCGAGCGGGACCCCGACGCGCCGCUCAUCGGCUUCAUCGGCCGCCUCGACACGCAGAAGGGCCCGGACCUGGUGCUGGAGGCGGUACCAGACCUCCUCGGCCGCGGAUGCCAGGUCGUGAUGCUCGGCAGCGGCGACAGCACGUACGAGCUGUGGAUGCGGAACAUGGAGGCGCAGUUCCACGACGCGGGCUUCCGCGGCUGGGUCGGGUUCUCGGUUCCGGUGGCGCACCGCAUGUUUGCGGGGUGCGACAUCCUGCUGAUGCCGAGCCGGUUCGAGCCGUGCGGGCUGAACCAGAUGUACGCGAUGAAGUACGGCACGGUGCCGGUCGUGGCGUCGACGGGGGGGCUCAGGGACACGGUGGAGGACUUCAGCUACUUCUCGCGGGCAGGGACCGGGUUCACGUUCGCGCCGUGCACGCGCACGGAGAUGAUGCGGGCGGUGGACGCGGCGCUGAACGCGUACCGGAACUGGCCGGAGGACUGGCUCGACCUGGUGGAGCGCGCAAUGGCGCAGGACUAUUCGUGGGAACGAAGCGCGGAGAGCUGGGAGCUGGCGCUGCGCUGGGCCGCGGAGGGGCCGUCGCACAUCGGGUCGGACGGGCCGCCGUGA